CCUCCGGUAAUGCAUGUAUGUCAAGCGUGCUCUUCUAAACCGAAGACUUGGCGAACAAACAUGCCGAGUGCGACAUCCAUUUUGGAGUGCGACAUGGCGAGUGCGACUCCAUUCAUUGUGGGGACGGGCAUCAGACGUUUCGGGCGGGCCAGAUCGAUUACACUCUACACCUGCUUUCAUAUAGCAAGAUAUGUUACGUAAGGGUGUCGCGAGGCCUGCUUCCUUCCGCCGCGACACGACGCCCCCGUUUAUACAGCUCACUGAAUUCGAGCUCGAGACAGUGGUCUCAGCACUCACAGCUCCAUCUCAUACAAGUUUUAAAGAUCACCACUGCUAACUCGUUCUGAAACGCAGGAGUCCGCAGCCACUUUUUUACCUAACCAUGAUUACUCCAACGUUUAGCUUGAUCAAUGAGUAGCCAUAUAGGUUUGAACCACUGUCAACACAAGACGUGCAGUCGAAAGCCGUCAAGCGACGCCUAACACCAACUGCUGGCCCUGCUGCUCUCGCGCCCAAUGGGCUCAGGUAUGCAUACGCCAUAGCAGUAUAACCUCGAUCUAAGAUGAGUAGCUGCUGGGGUGUUUUUACAAGACGGAAGGGCCUCGAAAUGGACACUCCUCGCCGCGUCCCCGUGACAUCUAAAUUAACGCUGAGAUAGAUCUACCACAAAGAUUUAUCCUGCUUGAAUGCUUCUUGAAGGCGUUUUAAGCAGCGAAACUGUUCGCAAUUACGCGUUUCACUGGCGUUAGCACCGCGUUGUCGAGACACUUAAACAAAAUGAAUGUGGGCACUCAAAACAUGGAGUCAUACUCGCACAUGCCCGGGGUAUGGCUGCUCCCAGGGCAGCUAAGGUUCUCCCGUUGCGACGUUAGGUCGACGCCGGUCGGAGAGCGGGCAGAUUCCGGGCGCUCGUACGAGUUCCUGAAAGCGAUUGAUGAGGGCGCGUACGGCAAUGUGUAUGCGUGCGUGCAGAACCCGCUCGGGCGCAUCGUGGCCGUGAAGCAGUGCAAGCACGCCCAGGAUGCGACGGUGCGGCGGAUGCUCCUUCGCGAGAUCCGGAUCCUGCGCUCGCUGCCGCACCACCCGUGUGUGGUCACGCUGCUGGAUGCCUUCCGCAGCCAGGGCAGUGGCCGGCCCUAUCUUGUCUUUGAGCACAUGGAGCGAAGCCUGCACAAGGAGCUGGAUGACCUGGACUCGUCUGGCAGCGCCAUGCCGCCCGAGACCCUCAAACUGGUGGCGUGGCAACUGCUGCUGGCAGUGGAGCACCUGCACGCACAAAAGGUCGUGCACCGCGACAUCAAGCCCGCGAAUGUGCUGCUGUCCGGCACGGGCGCCGCGACCGUCGCCAAGCUGUGUGACUUUGGCUUCGCGCGCGAGGUGUCGAGCAGCCGGCCCGAGGCGCAGGAGCGGCUGAGCAGUUACGUGGUGACGCGCUGGUACCGAGCCCCGGAGAUCCUGGUCGGGGACAGAUACGGCAUGGCCGCGGACGUUUGGUCGCUGGGCUGCACGUUGGCUGAAAUGGCGGCCGGCGGCGUGCCCCUGUUCCCCGGGGCCUCAACCCUAGACCAACUCGCGCGCAUCAUGCGCUGCUUCGGCCCGCUGCCAGCGAGCCAGACGCUGUGCCUGCACGCAGACAAGCGCUUGGUUGCGCUGCGCAAGCCCCCGCCGCGGUCACGCAACCUGGCUGAACGGCUGAAGGGCAUCGACCCCCACCUGCUGGACCUCAUCUCAUCCUGCCUGACGCUGGACCCCGCCCGCCGGCCCUCGGCGCGCGCGCUGCUGCUGGGCGCCCGCUACUUCCGAGACGUGCCGCUGCUGCUGGCGGGCUCGCCCACCCUGAACGACCUGCUACAGCCGUGUGUAAUGGCGCUUGCGCAGGGGCAGGAGCAGGCGCAGAGGCAGGAGCAGGCGCAGGCGUGGCAGGAGCAGGCAGAGGCGCAGCAGGCGCAGGCAGAGGCGUCAAGGAAGCAGCCGCGAGACCUGCCGGCCCGAGACUCCAUCACCACCUACAGCGCUGCUGACACAUCGAGCCAUGUGCAGCAGCAGUUAAGUAAGCAGCAGCACGCAACCGCAAACGCAACCGCAACCGCAACCGCAAUCCCUGCUCCGGGCGAUGGGCCGGAGCCAAGUGAGCGCUCGCCCGCACACAAGGUGCAGGCCCUGGGGCCACGCGCGGGUGACGCGCGCCUCGCUCCCAUCGCUGCCGUGGCACAGCGGAGCGGCUGUCAACAGCCCGCUGCAAAGACAGCUGGCGGUGCUCCUUACGCGGCGGCGCCGGCGGCUGCUGUUGCGGGCGGCACCAGCGGCGGGGAUGGCGAUGCUGCCAUGCAGCCGCCCAGCAGCACCUUCACCGCCGCUGCCGCUGAGGCAGCUCUGCGCGCUGCCGGGGUCACCACCACCGCAGGCAGCGACACCAGCAGGGCUACCCUCUUGUUGGCAGAGGCGGCCACGCCACAGGCAGUAGCACUGGCACCGCCGCCGGCUGCUGUUGCUGCUACAGCCACCAGUGCCAGUGCGCACGCCGUCUCUUCCGGCCCGCCGGUGUGGAACAAUCACCAGUCGGCACGUGUCCCCUACGCGCCGUCCGUGGUCCUGCCCAAGUCGUGCCUUCCGCCGCGCCGAGGCUCUGCUCCGUACAAAGCUGCUGGCGAACCCGCAGCCGCGGCCGUCACCACGGCCCCUGCCGCCGCCGCUGCCCACCAGCAGGUAUCAGCCGUCAGCCCCGCCAAUAAUGCCGUCUCGGCCCGCGGCGGCAUGACUGCAGGCAUUGCCGUGGGCAACAGCCCUGCGGCCGAGCGUGUUGCAGCCCCUCGCAAGGCCCCAGCGCUGAUGCGCUCCGCAACCUGUGGAGAUGUGCCAACGGCCACCGCGCUCGCGUCCGCGCCUGCUGCUGCCGCGCUUGCGUCGCAGCCGCAGCCGCAGCCACAGCCGCAGCCGCAGCCGCCCCUUUCGCGCACACAGAGCAAGGGCCGCACCGGUGGUCUCCUGAACAGCUAUGCCCGCCUCCUCUCUUCGCGCCGCUCCAGCACCUCCAUUCCGGAGUGCCACCCACGGCCCCUGGUGGCCUCGACGUCAUCGCCGCACCCGCCACAGUCCGCCUCUCGCAGCAGCUGCCGCCUGCCGCCCAACCCCUCCAGCUGUGCUAGCGGCCCGGGCGGCGCAGGCGGCGCCGCCGGCGGCAGUGACGCGGGAGGCAGCGGCGUGGGUGCGUUUUUUGGCGGCCUUAUGUCGACUUUCAGUCGCUUCAGCGCCUCCAACACGUUUACAGCAACCACAGACAUCGCCCCCGCCACAAGCACCACAGGUCACAUAGCCAACGCCAUGGGCUCCAGCCCGGGCGGCGGUGCUGCAGCCGGCGUCGCGUCGAGAUGGGGCAUGCCUGACUUCGCGAUGCUCUCGGACGGAGACAGGGAGCACGGCAGGCACAUCAAGGAAAAGCGCAUGUGCUCCGCUGCCUCCUGCAGCGGCGCCGCCGCGCAGCCACCCGCGCACCGGCCGCUUUCCAGCGCCCACGCGCAGUUUGAGACGAUCAUCGGCAGCCCGCCGGGCUCGGUAUACUCCUCCCGCCUCCUGUCAGAAGUCAUGGCGAGCCCGGCCGGCGCGCCGGCGCUGCGCGUGCCGCCUGGCAGCGCCGCCAGCCGGAUGGGGCUGCCGCACGUGCGGCGAGAGGUCAUGGUGACGGGACUCGGCAGCGUUGGCGGCAUUGGCAUAAACAGCACCGGCGGCGGCGCCGUUGGUGCCGGCGGUGCGGCUGGAGGAAACCUGAGUUAUGCCGGCCGCGCCGGCAACAGCCCCUGCGGCAGCCUCGGCAACUUGAGCCUGCUCAUUGGCAGCGGCAGCGUGGGCGGCCCAGAAGGCUCGACCGCGGCCGCUGGCGGCGGUGGCGGCGGCGGCAGUGCUGGUGGUGCUGGUGGUGCCAAGGGCCCCGCAGAUGACCAGCCUGGGGUCAUUUCCAUCUGGAGCCUCUACAACACGACAUCGUUCCGGCGGCAGCCGCCGCCAGCAUCGGUCCUUAGCCGCAGCGGCACUGUCGUCGUCGGCGGCACUGGCGCGGUACCGGCCGUGGCGUCUGACGCGCCUCUCGUCAACAGCAACUGCGGCGGCACCGGCAGCAGACCCCCUAGCGCCGUGUUUGCCACCGCCGCCGGCGCCAUGCAGCAGAGCGCCGCGCCGCAGGCCACUGCCGCCGUGGUGCAGCAAGCGUCCGUGCUGCGUGGGGUGCAGCAGGCGCAGGAGCAGCAGAAGCGCAGCGUGUCGCACUUCAUGACCAUCAGUACCAGCAGCCUAGAUUACGGGCUAAUGCUACAGCCAAACGGCACAGCUGCAGCUGUGGCCGCCGCUACCACGGCCGCGGCGACCGAGGCUGCCGGCUGUAACGGGCACGCGGCUUCGCUGUUGACGAGUGGCGGCGACUUUGCAACCAUAACAGAGGCCAUGGCAGACGCGGACGAGGGUCCAGCAGGAACCGCAUCGCGUGCAACUACUGCCGUCGUCGGCGGCGGCGGCCGCGCCAUCACUGCCGCCGGCGGUGAUGCAGGUCCACUUGCCAUGACGGCUGGCUUCAUUCACUUGAUCAGCACAAGUGGCUAUCACCUACCGGAUGUAAUGUCUACGGCUUCUCAGAAGCAGCUGCAAUCCAUUGCAGCCGACAGCAACCACCAGCAGCACCAGCAGUCCCGCGGUAUGGGGGCCGCCGCCCCAGGCGCCGCCGAGGAGCGCGCACGCAGCGCGGCCGGCAUCAGCAGCCCCGUGUUGCAGAGCGGCGGCGGUGACGGCGGCGGUAACGGCAGCGGCGGCGGAGGCGGCUGCAAUGGCACAGCCGCCGCUCAUCACGCCGUGGCGGGCCGCCGUGUGACGCUGGGCGCGCCGGUUGCGGGCGCAGUGGAGCAGCAUGAGGUGGCGGCAGCAACUGUUGGCGACAACCGCGCGGUCUUUGGAGCAGCCGGUAUGCCCGACGGCAACUCGACGGGCAGUGCCAUCUUCGCGCCGACGGUGGACUGCAGCCGGGGCGAGCCAGCGGCGGCCGCCACCACGGCCGCAGCGGCCACGGAGACAGCACGUGCGGCCGCGGGCGUGCCUCGCCACACGGCAUUGUCGUUUGCGGGGCUGCAGAGACCCAAAUCGUUAGCCGACGUCUUCGGUGCCACUGUUGCUGAUGCGCGCCUGCCCGCGGCGGCGGCGGCAGCGCCGUCGCGGCUGCAGCGGGCAUCACUGCCCGCUGCUGCUGUUGUCACCAGCAGAGGAGGCGCCGGUGUGCUGAGUAAUGGCGGUGGCGGCGGCCCACCAUUGCUGCUGCCCGCACCUGCACCCCGCCCCGCCGGAAUGCCACAGCACGCGCUCAGCCGCUUCGCCUCCAGCCAACUGAUGGCUGCGGCCGCCGCCACCAUCGCCCACGGAGCUUGCGUCUCUGCUGCCAUCGCCGCUUCUUCUGGUGCGGCUGCCGGCGGCGCAACAGCAGCGGUGGCAGCGUUUGGUGACGGCGGCAGCUAUGAGGACGGCACAACGCCCACCUCUAUGUCGGUCUCUCUGGCGCUUGCGGUCCCGAAGCGCGGGCCAGAGCUAGCGGCAUCCGCGGCGGCAUCGCCAUUGUCGUUGUUGGCGGGCGGUGACGUCGGCAUGUCAACUGCUGGCAGCGCUGAUGUUCAUCCCGAGCGGCUGCCGCAGCCGCUGCUUCAGCUGCAUGAUCACUCCGGCGUCGGCAGUCGCGGGCUGGGUCGGGGCUCCAAUGUUAAUCACCAAGCCAAGGAUAGCAAGGCCAGCCAAAGGGGCGCGGGACGGCUGGGCAAGUGGCUAGCCCGCCUGGUUGCAUGUGGCGCGCACCCGCACCCGGCAAGGCCGUAGAGACUCCCACGUGUGCCUCUACCUGCCGGCGCCCGGAAGCAAUCGGGUAGCCACGCCCUGCGGCCCCGCGUAUUGUGGGCCUUGCAUGGCAGCGGAUGUUUCGUUACUUGCUGUACUGAUAUUGGGUGUUGUCUGUGUGUGUGUGUGUGUGUGUGUGUGUGUGUGUGUGUGUGUGUGUGUGUGUGUGUGUGUGUGUGUGUGUGUGUGUGUGUGUGCAUGUGCGCAUGUGUGCGGCGCUGGGCCCAAUGGUGGCAGCGACUGAAGCGCAGGCCCCAGGAAGGCGUGCUCUUGUGGAGCGGAGGGAGCAGGCAGGGCCGCAAGGAAGCAAGAGCAGGUUGGGGCGGGCCGCUGUCUGGUUAGGUGAGGGGUGUGUCGGUGGACGAGCACAGUGUCUUAUGGCUGUGAUGGGGAGGCAACCGCAGCUGUGUGACCGCUGCUUGAGGCGUGGCUGUGCACAGGUUGGCUUGGACUUGGGGUAUGACUGUGUGGAUGGAUGCGAUGGGACAGGGUGUAGCAGGGACUGCAGGGUAGCUGGUCAAAACUCCAAAGGCAUCUCAAGAUGCCAUCCAAGGUCCUUCUCGUUACGGUGGAUAUCGUUGGGAUGUUGGUUUCUCCCACACAGGGUAAGGGGCAGGUUGGCGUAGUCCCGUAGACUGUUUGGAGAUGGAUGGUUCGGAGAUACGGUAGAUGUGCUGUGCCUGACUGUGCUUGCUGCUGGGCCGAGCGGACGCCUGGCCUGGCGGCGGUGGCCGUGUAAUCUCUCCCCUGCUCUGUAUGCCCGGGAGGUGAGGCUACGUGGACACCAGGCGGGACCAGGGUUGGUGGGUCCCAAAUUGGUGCGCACUGCGCAGUAGUUACGGUACAUGCGUGCACACAUUUUAGUGACUUUACACACGGCCUACCUCCCCUGGUCUGUUUUGGCCACCCGGCAGUACACGGCUCAGGUACUGGGGACGGCCGUAGUGGUGGUGCACAUUCCAACUAAAGUAUAUCAUGCAGCAGAUGCUGCAGGGGGGUUGUUUUGCUGUUAGUUGCAUGGAAGCAGACAGCCAAGCACCGCAGCGUAGAGAUGGCACAUGGCAGGCCUGGGCAGGCCUGGAGGCUACCCUACGCGGGCACCCGAGCAUUUACGUGAGAGGUGCCCUGGAAAGCGGGACCGGGACCGGAUUCAACGGAAAUACAUUGAAUA